UUUACCACCUGUUGCUCUGUUUAACAUUACCUAAUGGUAAUCUAUGCCAAGAUCUGAGGUGUGUUUAGUGGAAAUCCGAGCAGGCAGUAGCAUUCUCCAACAAUGGAGCAAGGACUGAGUCUGAAGCGGGAAGUUGGGAUAAUAGGAGCCAUGUCCUUCAUUGCUGGGACCAUGAUAGGAUCUGGGAUCUUCAUUUCUCCACAGUAUGUCCUGCUAGCAAUCGGCAGCCCCGGGGCCAGCUUCAUCAUAUGGGCCUGCUGCGGCCUGAUAGCCAUGCUGGGUGGCCUCUGCUAUGCUGAACUGGGGACGAUCAUACCAGAGUCUGGAGGGGAGUACAUCUACAUGCUACGGACAACUGGAAAAAUCACAGCCUUCGUGUUUGUCUUCAGUUUCGUCAGUGUCAUGAGGCCAGCCAGCGCCACUGGGAUCGCCCUGAGCUGCGCUGAAUAUGUGGUGGCCCCGUUUUAUAGUGGCUGCGCCCCUCCACAGCUGGUCUUAAAAUGUGUGGCAGCUGUGGCGAUCCUGGCCUUGGCUCUGGUCAACUGUCUCAGUGUCCGUUUGGCCACCGGCAUCCAGGUGGUCACCAUGGCCAUUAAAGCACUGACGCUGGCGGUGAUCAUACUGGGAGGAGUCGUGAUGCUUUUUCAGGGCAACACUGCAAACUUUGAGGACUCUUUUGAUGGAACGAAUGUAGGCGUGAAAGCCAUCGGCAUUGCUUUCUAUCAGGGCCUGUGGCCUUAUGAUGGCUGGAAUACUUUAAACUAUUUAACUGAGGAGCUCAAACGACCAGAAGUAAACCUUCCCAGAGCGCUGGUGAUAGCCAUUUCUCUGGUCACUGGCUUGUACCUGCUGGUGAAUGUUAGCUAUCUGACGGUGAUGACACCUAAUGAGCUCAUGUCUUCCACCGCUGUAGCCGUCACCUGGGGGAACAAGGUGUUGGGAAGCUGGGGUUGGAUCAUGUCGUUGGCUGCGGCCUUGUCUGCUUUUGGCUCCUUAAACGGGACCUUCUUCAGCGGGGGUCGAGUCUGCUUUGUGGCUGCCAGGGAGGGUCACAUGCCAGAUAUUCUCUCCAUGGCUCACGUCCACCGGCUGACUCCCUCUCCGGCUCUCAUCUUCACCACUCUGAUCUCUUUGGUGGUCCUCAUCCCCGGAGACUUUCAGAGUAUCGUCAACUACUUCAGUUUCACAGCCUGGUUUUUCUAUGCCGUCACUCUGUCUGGACUGAUCUAUCUCAAAAUAAAGAAACCGGAGCUCCCCAGACCAUACAGCGUUCCCAUUGUCCUCCCCAUACUGAUCCUGCUUGUGGCCAUUUUCCUUGUUCUGGCCCCCAUCAUAGACCAACCUCAAAUCGAGUAUCUCUAUGUGGCGUUAUUUAUCCUAAGUGGCGCUAUAGUUUACGUACCUUUCAUCCAUUUCAAGCUUUGCCCGGGAAUGUUUGAUAAGGUGACAACGUUCCUGCAGCUGUUCUUAGAGGUCGCUCCAGCAGAGAAAAACCUCUGAGCUCAAGCUGCUGCAGGAGCUCUUUAAAGUUUUAUUCAUUGAGAACUCACAUUCUGGCAUCACGAAGAGCCUCCUCCUCGCCCUCCACUUCUUCCAUCUCU